CCUAGAGAGAGCUUUGCAUAACCACAUUUAACUCAUGGCCCCGCCAGCACUGAUGGAACUUAGAUGCUUGUGAUUUAGUCUUCACUAAUAAGGAUUAAGCAACUACAUUCCAAAUAUAAUCGUGGCCAAGGAUACAUGAAUCUCCAAAGUGAAUAUUUACAGCAAGCAGAGGGAUUAUCACAGGGCCAAUGGUAGUCUGGUGGAAUUAAUCGUUAACAGCAAUAGAAGUCUUUUUUUGGCUUUGUUUCAUAGGAUGCUUUACCAUGUAGUCCCACUUUUUAAACAUAUGUAUAGAAAGGUUUAAAGAGCCUUAUGAGAAAGGGCAAUGCUUUGACCGAGGAUUUUAUACAUUCCUUCUAAAUCACAUGCUUCGUUGUCAUUUUACUGUUGCUUGUCACGUUGUAUGAUGCAGCGACAGGAGGUAAGUCACCUUUAAAAUAAAUUACUACUGUAAUUGCAACUGAUUCAUUUAUAUUAGAUACGUUUACCUGCUCAUGUUUAAUGAAUAUUGUUAUUGUUUUAAGGACAAAAAAAUAUCCAUAAACAAACUGACCUAACAUGCAAGAUCAGUUGUGUGAGAGAUGCAACUGACAGGUACAAUCACUAUACGAACGUCUGUGCUGCAAAACCGACAGACUAAUAGACAGAAUAUUAAAUGGACGAAUGAACGGACAGAUGGAAGGAUCGAUAGAUAGAUUAAUAGAUUGAUGUGCGGAAGGAUGGACGGACCGUUUGAUGGAUUUAAAAUAUAGCAGUAGAUUGUGCAUAUCUCUAAUUCGGAAUAUAACAAUUGUUCCAAAAUCUAGGCUGUAACAGAAGUAUCAUAUUUUUUCUGCUAUUUUGGCCCAAAAUGUGCCAUAUUCUUGUCAACUUUCCACAAUUCACUGUUUAAUAAAUAAUGAAUUGUGUAUUUGCAUAAAUAAUAUCAUUGUGAAUAUAUGUGUACUAUUGUUUAAUGUCUGUGUGUGAGUAUAAAAUCUGAAGUGGGGUAUGUGUACGUGAAUGUAUCUGCGUGUAGUGUGAGUGAAUGCUGGAUUGUAUUUUUAUUGACGUUGUGGCAGGCUUAUGCAAUGUAUGAUCAUAUAAUGUAACUAAAUCCCCAUAAUUAUUUUUGCCUAGAUUAGGUGUUUUUAAUAAAACUUACAAAAUCCGCACCAACAUAGCUGUUUCGUAGAUAGGGAGUGUGCUGGAUUUUCAUUUUUUACGGAUUGUAUUUUUAUAUCAUUUAAGGUUUUAUUAAUGGGCAUAUUUGUUUUUGCGCAAUGUCAGUGUAAUGAAAAAAAAUAUAUAUGUGUUUCUAUUGCCAGUUUCUAGUGUCCAGGGGUCUAUUUUAUGUAGAGUCCAUGUGCAAAUGAGGAGUACAAAUUCUGAGUAGAAAAAGUGAUAGUGAAUGCAAUCUUUUCUUGUAGAUAAUUCAAGAGUGUGAAAAUGGAGAAAUAUGUUUGUGUGCCAGUGUGGUAUAAUGCAGUAUUUUGUUUUUGCAUGCUGUGUGUGAGAAUGCAGGUGUGUAGUUGUGCAAUGUUAUAGCAGAUAUUUACAUGGAGUCCCAGGGAAGAGACACUACUCAGUCCAGUGUGUGUCUGCUUCAUUCCCCCUCUCACUACAGUUUUUGUUUUGUUUAAUCUCCUCUCCAGUUUGUUUCUGGCCUAAUCUCUCUCACUCCACUGUUCCCCAAAGUUUGAAUCUGCAGACGUGCCAACUUAGGCAGACGUUAUAUUGGGAAAGGGAGAGAGGCUGCGUGCCUGGUUGGUGGGAAUUACCAUGACACAAUUAGCACCAUGGCCAAUGUGCCUACUAACCAAGAGGGCAAGUUAUCCUGGCAUGCGUGUACACCAGGGUGGCAGGCUGCACAGCAGAGCAGUCAAUAAAGGCUGUCCACAGGAUAAACGCUGAUGAAGCAUUCAUGUAUGGGUUUAAAUGCCCUGAAUUACAUUACAAGUACAGUGUAAGCUCAGAUAAUCCAGCAUUUGCACUGAAAUUUAUUUAAGUUCUCCGAGCACCAGGUGACAAGGCCAGUCUGUUGUAUAACCAGAAUUACUUAGGGAAAAGCAUGCAUCACAUGGAGCUUAGGUUCAAUUCCCAGACUUGUUGAACUGAGGUUCAAUUCCUGGACACCUAACAAUAUAUAUCUACCUUCCAUAGAUUUAAAGCUUGUUUGAACUGCACCUUCCACACUUAUUUCUCUAAUUGUAAAGUGCUUCCAAAUAUGUCGGCUCUAUGUAAUUAAUAAUAACCACCCCAUAAUCUCAGUCUGCACCAAUAUCCCUCUCUCCAUCCACAGUGUGUAACUGCCCCAGCCUCUUUACCCAUUGUUUGUGUCGGAUGCUACUUUGUACCCACAUAAUUGUAGCAUGGCCAAACUUUUGUUAACGAAUAAAUGGCUACUCUUUCCCAGCUAACUCUUUCAUCACUGUAGUGGUAUGUGAUAGCAUGGUGCUCUGUGUGUAGGGACAGGGGAAUAUCUCGUGCUCUCUAUCACAUUAGGUUGCUGAAAGACAGAUGCUUUCCUAUGGGAAGCUUGAAUGGGCACGAAGCGCAUGCGCAUUAGGUCCACCAUGCUCCGCUACAAGGAGGAGAGCUAAGCAACAACAAAGGAGCCUCUUCUUGCAUUGGAAAAAGGUAAGUAAGUUCUUUAUUUUCACAUUUUUUAUUAGAAAUGGGGGUGCGGGAAAACUUGUAUAGAUAUAGGGAAAGGGACUCUAUAGCUUUCCUUUAAUGAGCUUUCCUUAAUUCCGUGGAGCUGAACUUUCAAACCUUGAAGAUAUAUUACUGUCUUUCAACAACAUUUCUUUAAUGAACUUGCUUGGCUGAAUUGUUCAGGUUUUUUUCUGUUCUGUUUUCAGGAAGCUCAAGAAGAGGACCUGUUUGACAGAUUCAAGGAGGUAACAGGAUCUAUAGUGCAAGAAACAAAACACAUUAAACACAAAAUAUAUACUGUUACAUAGACACUAAAAACAUUUUAUAUUACACCAUGUAUGAAGCAAUGAUCAUCAUCUUGAACUAUUAUUCGCAGCACAAUAAGCCACUGAUUGGUGCUGAUUGUAGUUGCUGUCAUACACUAGUUAAAAUGUAUCAUGUUACUAAGAUGUUACAUGAGAACAUUUUAGCUUUCCUUUUUUUUCUGUUUAUUUUUUUUUUAGUUUUUGUAACUGAAUCUCAAUUGUUACAUUAAAGACUUUCUUUCAUAGAAAAAAGAAAAAAAAUUCACAAUAAUACCCAUUUCGGCCAUAAUAAUCAAUACCUGCAUACAGUGUAACAUCUAUACAUUUGUUAUCCAUUUUGAAAUAUAAUUUAAUUUUUUUUAAAAAAGAACAUAAACAAACAUAAAGCCAAACAAAAAAAAAGAUGAAAGAGAAACAAAGGAAAAAUACUAUAAUUACGUGAGAUUUUCUAAAUACAAUUUCAUGAGAUGUUCUAGGUACAAUCGGAGUCUCCUAAUCUGUAUCGGUACAGUGCUCCACCAAUGUUUAUUCUUGCCAUUGUCCCCAUGCUUUGGUAAAUUUGCCCAUCGCACCCAUAAUAGUAUGUGCCAUUUCCUCAUAUUUUUUUGUACGGUUUAUUUUUUCUGUAACUAACCUAAUAUCAGGUCGAGCUGAGGAUUUCCACAGUCUUGCUAAGCAUAUCUUUGCUGCCAGUGAGAUGUGCACAGCUAAUGUAGCAGCAUGUUUCGAGAAGGUUGUGGCAACACGUGAAACAAAUAAAUCUCUGGACAGAGGGGAAGUGACAAAGUCGUAGAGCGUUCGAUAAGCUCCUAUACCUGCAGCCAAGAGUUUUUAAAAUGAAACAAUGCCAAAACAUCUGAAUUAAAGUGUCUGUCUCCCCGCCACAUCGCCAGCACAUGGGGGUAACCCCAGGAUAUACGUGGGCAAGGCAUUGAGGUGUGAGAUACCACCUCAUCCACAACUUAUAAGAUGAUUCUAUGUGGUCUAAGCAAUGGGCGGCCCUUUGCAUCCCCGUCAUUGCCGCAUACCAUCUACUUAGUUCUAACUCACGUUCAAGUUCUUUUUCCCAUUUUACUAUAUGUCCCAAUUUCACAGGUCGGUAAAUUUUCAGUAACCUUUUGUAGCAUAAGGACAGAGACUUUGUUAAGGCUCCUACUCCUAGACCUAAUUUAUCAAUAUCCUGCAGUUUGUUUAAACUUCUCUAAAAUAUGUUUUUUACAAAGGUAUGUGAACAAUUCUUUGUUUGGUAAUGCAAAAGUAGUCUGUAAAUCUGAAAACUGACAAAUCCAUCCUUCCCCAGUAUCUGUAUUACUCUUUUUAUACCCUUCUGACUCCAAUUCGCUAGACAGGUCACCUGUGCAGUAUUGCAAGCUCUGCAUAGUGGCAUAUAUGCCUAUCGGUAGUGAUACCAGUUUUGGAACCCAUUUGUGCAAUAAUAAUAAAGACCGUUUUGUUGUAGCCAACAUUAUGAUAUUACAUGGAUACUGUUAUGAUGGGACCCAGAGUAGGUCUGUUAUUAAAUGUGGGGCACUUAUUGCUUAUUCUAAUACAUACCAUUGGGGGGAGAAGAUGUGGUGCCUGCUCUGGCUGUCUGCGACAGAAUAGAUGCCACAUAAUACUUUGCCACAUAUGGAACACUCAAGCUUCCUUUCUUCAUGGCAAUACAGGUACUUGUCAGAGAGAACAUGUGAUUGUUGCUGAUUUUAGCUGCUGUUAUACACUAGCUAAAAUCUAUCAUGUUAUCAAGAUGUUACAUGAGAAAAUUUUAACUUUCAAAUUUAUUCAUUUCAGAUUUUGACAAUUAACCCAGCAUUAAUUGGUUCGUUGACCUCCAUUGCCUUCAUAAUUAUCUGUUGGGUCAUCAGAGACAGCCUCAAAGUCAAAGAUGUUUGUGAAAAACAUGUUUUCAUCACAGGUUGUGAUACAGGAUUUGGCAACUUGUUGGCACAAAGACUUUACAGAAAAGGGUUUAUUGUAAUUGCUGCCUGUCUAACUGAAAAGGGAAGCCAGGAAUUAAAAGCCUGCACUUCGUCAUCACUGCGAACUGUCAUCCUGAAUGUAACAAACCCCAGGAGUAUUGAUAAUGCUGUAGCUUACGUGGCCACAGAAACCGGUAACAAAGGUACUUAUUUUUGGAGGGUGUUAAUAAUUACAAAUAACUGAAAUUAAAAGAGCUUGAACUUUUUAUUUUAUUUUAUUAAUUUGCUUCUCUCGGAUAGAGUUGAUGUAGUUCCUUCUGCUUUUAGCUUGAAUCAAUCAACCUGCCUUGUCUGGAUUUUACUCCAAUAUUAUGAAUAAUUCAGAAUAAUCCAGCUGUUAUUUGGAUAACAGAGUUAUUGUGCAAAAUAGCUUACUUGCAAUAGGCAACAUUUACCUGAAUAAAGUUAGGUUCAGGUGUUAAAUAACAAGCACUCUAUACAUAAUUAUAUAUAAAUUUAUUGAGAUACUAAAGAAGUAACAGAAUGCCUCUCAGAGCAAUAUUAUGUCUAAUAAUCGUUAUACUAGGCGGUAAGUAUCUUAACGAACUAAUCAGAGAGAUAUUAUGAUCAAUGCUACAUAGAACCAGCUGCAUAAAAGGUAUGUAGAUGAUGUUGCUGUUGAUAAAGUAUCUGUUUAGAUACAAAAUGUCCAUCCCAUUCAGGCAUGUUGUAAUAUCCUUUUUUGUCUCUUCUUUUCCCAAUAAAUCUAGUCAAAUUUUUUUUGUAAUUUUGUCUUGCUGAUCUGCCACAUAUUUUUAUGUCUUGAUAUUAUUUGUGAGUGGCAAAGAGAAGAUUCUUUUUUCAUUACAACUCCUGCUAUUGCUCCCCUCUUUGCUGUGCUUAGAUUUAAAAUGUUGAUUAUUUUUGCCUUGAGUUGAUGGAGUUUAUCCGUGUGAGCAAGAGGGAAGUAAUGUAUCAAAUAUUUGUUAAAUAUAAGAUGUACAUACCUGUGAUCAUUGAAAUUCACUCUCUCCUGAUAAAAGGGAGCAAGGUGGUAAUCCAAAAAGGGUAGGUGAAUCAUUUAAUAACAAAAAAACAAACAAACAGAAAAGACUAAGUGGAGAUAAAACUGUGUCAACUUGGGGAUGAACAGCACUUUUUUAUUGGGGUCCUUAGGUUUGCACGCAAAUUUAAUGCAUAUACGUUUCUUUUAAAUAGGAUUAUUUGGAUUGGUCAACAAUGCUGGGAGAGCCAUUCCUAUUGGACCAACUGACUGGAUGGAUAUUGAAGACUUUCAUAGAGUUCUUGAUGUCAACCUGAUUGGACUUAUUGAAGUUACCUUGAAAUUCCUGCCACUCAUAAAAAAGGCCAGAGGAAGGAUAGUUAACGUAGCCAGUGUUAUGGGAAGACUUGCAUUUGGAGGUGGUGGCUACUGUUUAUCUAAAUGUGGGGUGGAAUCUUUUUCGGACAGCUUAAGGUAAGUAAUCAGAACAUCAAAGACAUUAAUUAGCAAAACUUCUUCUGCUUAGUGCUAGGGAUCUUUUUUUUCUUAAAUAUCUCUUAUUUUAGUGGCCCACGUACAGGACUUAAAGUGUAAUGAGAUCAUCUGUUUCAAGUGAAUAUUUCCAAUAAAUCCAUGUAUAGUGUGUUGUAUUUAUAGUUUCUUAUUGUGGUGAACAAGAUCUCUUUAUUUUAGUCCGCUUUCACAAAUUAAAUUAGCAAGAGUGCACACCCAAAAAAAUCUAUGAGGCAGACCCUCCAACAUUCCAGUGUGAAAUUCUAAAAAUACAUAUUAAAUAAUGUCUUAUACAAUCACAUAACCCGAAGAGUGUUAAAAUAUAAAGAGGCCAAAUGGUUUAAUAUUUUUUGUUCCAUUUUAGGAGAGACAUGCAGUAUUUUGGCGUGAAAGUUAGCAUUAUCGAACCUGGUUUCUUUAAGACUGGAGUAACUAGCCUGGAAAUUAUUGAGAAGGAUUUAAACCGACUUUGGAACCGAUUAACACCUGAAGUCAAACAUUUAUAUGGAGAGAAGUAUUUUGAAAAAUGUAAGAAUUCCUAACCAUGGCUCGCUUCCUUUUAAAUGCAGAUGGAUGGAUUGAUAGAUGGAUGGAUAGACAGUGUAUCAAAUAAAGAAAAGUUGCUAGAAAAAAAAAUGAAUUUUCAUUCUUACAUUGAAAAACUGGAGUGAAAAUUCCUCAGAUUAUCACAGCUGAUUUAAAUUUUCCUUUUGAGUGAACAGGCAUCCCAGCAUGUUAAAAUAAGUAUUUUGUUUUUUGGGUUGUUCCAGUUAUCCACACUAAGAAUUCACUUAUUUUAAAUCUGCUGGUAUGUGAUUCUAUACAUUGUGCUAGCAGGCAAGUGACUAAAUAAAAUAUGGAAUACUAGGUAUUGGAAAAAGAUAUUUAGCUCCUAUCAGAUUCCAGCACUUGCCUCGGGAUAGCAGCAAUGAAGUUUGUUAAGAUACAAACCUUGCCAAUGUAUCUAUCUGUUUUUGGAGAGGACUAUUUUUUAGUAAAGGGUGAAUUAUGAUUUUUAACAACCCACCUCCAACAUUUCUAACUGAUGUGCAACUAAGUGUAACUUACUGAUUUGACCAACCAAAUUGCACACAAUUCCAUAUCAUCCAGUUACGGUUUAUUCAGUCCUCAACAAUGAUAAUUAAUGUAUAAACAUUUGGGUCACGUACUGAAACAGUAUUUUAUUGUUCAGAUUUGGGGACUUGAAUUUAGAGUUUGGCUCUUCAAUUCAUUAAAUGUUUCACACCCAACAGUGGAAUCACUUUAUAACAGUAAAAUGAAAUUUAGCCCAUCAAGUUUACUUUAAGUGUUCCACACCCAGUAUAAAAUGAAUGUACCUCUGCAAUGGGGCAGUAAAUACAUACCUCCUAGCUUUGGUGCAGAGAUAAAUGGGACAGGGGUCUUCCAAAGUUGUGUCGCAAGCUAUGUAACUUGCAUCACUGGUGAAAGAAGGAGUAUUCACCAACUGAAAAGGUGCAUUAGUUUUGCGUCAAGAAUGCCAGGCUCAAAGACAAUCUUUCAGCCAGCACUCUAUAUAGAGGACCAUGCAGGGAACUCUUCUUGCAUGCUCCUAGUGCCUGCUGCACGGAGAGAGCAUGUCUACUGAUACACUCGCGCUGUGCUACCUGAGGACUCUUCACUGGUUUGCUCGGAUGCAGAACAACAGGGAACAAAAUUGGGAUGGCUGGACAAAGCUCCAAAAUCAGGGCUGACUGUAGGGAGGCAUGUGAUACCUCCCCCACAUAUACACUACAGAUCUAUAUUUUGGUAAAAAUUUUUGGUUUCAUUCUAUAGCCAGGGAUGGGAACGAGGGAGGUUUAGGUGUGCUACGAUUGCGGAACUAAUAUUAUUUGCUAGCAUUAAUAACAGCUUGAAGAGUCCUAUAUAGGAAAUCUGCUUUGUGUACCCGAAGCAGUAUAAUUAAUUUACAAGGUUUAUUCCUAAAAAAUGCUGUCAGGUCCUUACAAACAACCAUUCGCAGUUAUUUCAUCAUCCUAUUUAUCUAUUUUUUAUCAUACCAAGUGUAUUGAUAUUAAUUUAUAUGUUGCAACGUGCAUAUCUGAUUCUAUGUUAUUAUUAUUAUUCUACACUUUAGUAUAAUUCUAGUAUGAAAUAUUGUGAGUUCCAUAUUAAUUUGCCCCUUCCCCCCCAUAAAUCUGUAAAUUAUGCAUGAAUAUUUAGCAAUUAAUAUUGUGUAAAUUUACGGAAUUUAAAUGUUUAGCAACCCCGACCUGCAAUCUAUAUACAGAAUUGCCAUUUUAAUCUAUAUUUAUAUGCUAGCUAUGCAUCCCAUGUUUGAAAUAAAUUCUGCACUCAUAUUUUUUUUUAAAAAACUCACUAAAUGUUCUUGAGCCUCAGUGAGCCAAUAUUAAAGGAACACUAUAGCAUAGGAAAUACAAAACUGUACUCCUAACACUAUAGUGCCCCUCUUCCAAAAACGUAUCACCAGUAGGGAUGGGCAUGGGCAAAAAAUAUGGUUCAGCUCGGCACUUCCGAAAGUCGGGACUUUGGCAAUUCAGCACUUCUGCACUUCGGUUUGAUUUUGCACUUCCGAAAUUUGGGACUUCGGCCAUUCGGCACUUUGGUUCGGUACUUCUGAAAUUUGAGUCUUUUUCAAUUCCCUAACCCUACCCCUACCUUCCUCAGGGACUACCAACAGUCCAGAUUUUGUCAGGUUUUGUUAAGGAAAGGGAGAGUUAGGGUUAGGGGAAGGUUGGGGCAAGGGUUACGAAUGUCCGAAUUGACGAAAUUCAUCUCAAUUUUAAUUUAGACCGAAAUGAAUUGCACAUGUCUAAUUGUCAGCCCCCUAUUUUAAAAGGUUUUAAAGGCCCUUUAAACACUUACUUCUUUCCUGUGUUGAGGUCCCUCAGCACAGGCUCUGUCUUCUCCUGAGGACAUCCAGCAUCGUUUUACAGAGUUAAACUCUUUGAAAAGCCAGGAAGCUCCUAUAGUGGCUGUCUAGGAGACAUUACAAGAGGCUGUCUUAACUCUGCAAAAUAAACAUUUUCUGAAAACUGUAAUGUUUUACCUUGCAAGGUUAAGGGGACAGGGGUACUGCAUGAAGACCACUUCAAAGUAGUCUGGGUGCCUAUAGUGUCUCUUUAACUGAUUAAGCUUAGCCCAGUUUACAGCUGCAUAGUUAGCUUCUCUUAAAAGGUUAACAGUGUUCCAAUUAUCUUAACAUUUUCUUAUUGUGUACAAAACCAACUGUAGUUCAGUCUAACCUUAGACAAGUUAACAUGUAAUUCACUUUUCUUCUAGAUCUGAAAGUCCAGAGGCUAUCAAUGAACACAUUUUGUGAUUCUGACAUUUCUAAAGUGACGAACUGCAUGGAACACGCCUUGACAGCAAGAUAUCCCAGAACACGAUAUGGAGCUGGAUGGGACGCCAAAUUUUUUUGGUUGCCAUUGUCCUAUGCACCAGCCAUUCUUGCUGAUGUAAUGUUAAAACUGAUAUUACCACGGCCACUAGGUUACAAAAGAGUUCUGUCUAAAAACCAGGUUGAUGUAUAAAAGAUUGCAACUUUUUGUUAUAUUUAUGUACAAAUGGUAUUUUGUUUGCGAAGAACAUGUGACUGAUAUUGACUUAUAUGUUGCAUCAAACACUUUUCCUACAUCCAUUCCUGCACCCAUUUUUUUUUUUUUAUUUCUACCUUGAUAAAAUGUGGAAACAUAUUAUAUUGCCAUUUAUAACUGAGUGCAUUCUUAUUUUGUAUUUAUUUUGAAAGAACCAAUCCGUAAUACAACUUUGCACAGUGAAAAAAACUAAUAACUUAUGAUUUUUUUAAUGUGUGGUCUUGUCUGUACAAUUGUAAUUUUCAGAGUUAUUAAUGUAUUCAUAGCUAUUCGUACAGAGCACCUUUUUUUUUUUAAUUUAGCCAUCCAAAAUCCUAUUAUUUGAAUAAAAGGGGAUUUUGGAAAGGGUCAUAACAGUUCUGACCCUCUCUAGUCAUGAUCAGUGGAGGCUAAUCCAUAGGUCCACUUGGGGCAGUGCCGCACCAGUUUUGGCAAAAGGGGAAUAUGUGAUAAAUAACGGGGUAAUAAAAACACAAAAGAGCGAUAGAGACAUAAAAUUCAUGAUAACUCUGAAAAGGGGGAGAAAAUUAAAAAAUAUAACACAAAAUGGGGUAAGAUACAAAAAAGGGGGUUAAAGAAAUACAUGCCUACACAAGCGAAGAUAUAUUCAAAUAUAAAAAAUGUAUCAAUAUAUGAAAACAUAUGAAAAAAAAAUCAAAUAUUAAAUAAUUUUUUAUCCAAAAAUAUGAAAACUAUUUGAACGGCUUAUCCAAAAAUAUUAAAUUGAGGCCAAUGUGUUUUCUCCCUGUAUUUUAUUCAGCUCUACCUGUUGUAUGGAUAUCUCAGUAGCCUGCUCAGCUCUGUGCAUUGUAUGGGUAUCUUUGUGUUGUACCCAGUUCUGUGUAUUGUACAUGUUUUAUGAUUAGCUCCAUGCAUUGCAGAGAGACUGCACCUGUAGAGCCCUAGUACUAUAACAACAAUAUGUUGUAAUGGUUAUGGUCCGAAUCGUGUUUCAGAGUUUUACCAGCACUACUAUGGAGAUAGAUUGCCUGAUGCAGUAGUUAUGGUGUUUGGAGUAUUUCUUCAACUAGAUACACUCAGAAAAAUAUCAAUCAUGCAACAUCUUACUCAUUUGUUUGUAGCCACAUAGUAUAUAGUGUAUUUUUUUGUGAACACCUUUAUUAAAGGUGAACUCAGGUCCUCCUGCUAUUUAAUUAUAUAAACUGCUCUAAUGAUUCUGUAAUCAUUAAUAAUAACAAUAAUAAAUAAUGAUAAUCAUGCUCAACAUUCUGAGUUUGUUAGCUGCAACAGUGAUGCUUAUUCAUAGAAAAAUCGUGAUAUCAUGAAACAGCUUUUUGGUAU